CUCUCACGAAAGGUAAACUUAGACGGAAUCUGGCAAUGGAAAUCUACAGGUACUCAGCUUGUUUAUUUAUCAUCGUAGUAUGCAUGAUGGGAAUACCUACCCAUGCGCAGACCGGAACAGCUACAACGACAACAACUCUCGCAACGGAAACAACACCUGCAGGGACAGAAAACACUGGAGGGAGCACCUUAGCAGGUGUUACUAGCGAUGCAACGAUGACCACAGGAGUAACGACUGCGGGACCAACGGGGACACCAGGGACACCUACCACGGAGACAGCACCUGGCGACACAACACCUGCAGGGACAGAAAACACUGGAGGGAGCACCUUAGCAGGUGUUACUAGCGAUGCUUCGAUGACCACAGAAGUAACAACUGCGGGACCAAGGCCCUGGAUCCGCCCUUGUGCGGGACCAACGGGGACACCAGGGACAACUACCUCGGAGAAAGCACCUGGCGAGGCAACAGGGACUGCAAGUGCAUCAACAACAGUAGCUGUGACAAGUGCGCCUGCAACAACUGGGACAGACGCACCUACAGAAACACCUGGAACGGACGCAUCUCCAAAAGAUCCGGGAACAGACGCAACGACGGAAAAACCUAGACCAGACGAACCUACAGAAAAACCUGGGACAGGCGAACCAACAGAAAAACCUGGGACAGGCGAACCAAUAGAAAAACCUGGGACAGGCGAACCCACAGAGAAACCUGGGACAAAGCCACCUCCUAAGAUGUUCGAAGGUAACAUGCGGAUAACUGACAUUGACAGUCUACCAGCCAAUUUCACAGAUGAUUUGACAAAUACAUCUUCAGACGCCUUUAAGGACUUAAGCGAGAAAGUGUGUGCAGCGGUCACAGCUGUAGCAAACGAAUCUUCUUCACUACCGACCCCAGAAGACUGCGAAGUGACGGAGUUCAGUAGCGGCAGUGUGAUAGCAAUUUACCGGGUGGUAUUCCCAGCGGAGACCACACUGACAGCGGAUCAGCUGGUGGAACAUAUGGUCGUAGCAUUCACAAGCUCAACUAAUCCACUCAUCACGCAAUUAGGUGUCGACACCUCGUCGAUAACUGCCGAGGAAAUUCUACCACUUACCCAAGCACCAGAUUUGACAACAGUAACACCAACAGACGGUCAGCCGGUGCCAGUGGGUCUCUCCCCGGGAGCUAUAGCUGGUAUCGUGGUCGGCGCGGUCCUGCUCGUACUCAUCGUAAUGGUCAUCAUUGUCUUUGUCGUCAUGAAGAUGAAAGGAAACGACGCCAAGGUCGCAAGUCAGGACAACAACCCACAACCACCGAGCAACCACGAGUAUAUCCAUAGUCCGGGAUCCAGAACGCAAAAAUUGCUUGUGAAAGAGCUAUCUGUCACGAAAGGUCAACUUAGACGGAAUCUGACAAUGGAGUUCUACAGGUCCUCAGUGUGUUUAUUCAUCAUCGUAGUAUGCAUGAUGGGAAUACCUACCAAUGCGCAGACCGGAACAGCUGCAACGGAAACGACAGAAUACACUGGAGUGAGCACCUUAGCAGGUGUUACAAGCGAUACAACGAUAACCACAGAAGUAAUGACUGUGGGACCAACGGGGACACCUACCAUGGAGACAGGGACUGCAAGUUCAACAACAGUAGCUGUGACGAGUGCGCCUGCAACAACUGGGACAGACGCACCUACAGAAACACCUGGAAUGGACGCAUCUACAGAAAAAUCUGGGACAGACGGACCUACAGAAAAACCUGGGACAAGCGUACCAACAGAAAAAUCUGGCACAGGCGAACCAACAGAAAAAUCUGGCACAGGCGAACCAACAGAAAAAUCUGGCACAGGCGAACCAACAGAAAAAUCUGGCACAGGCGAACCAACAGAAAAAUCUGGCACAGGCGAACCAACAGAAAAAUCUGGCACAGGCGAACCAACAGAAAAAUCUGGCACAGGCGAACCAACAGAAAAAUCUGGCACAGGCGAACCAACAGAAAAAUCUGGCACAGGCGAACCAACAGAAAAAUCUGGCACAGGCGAACCAACAGAAAAAUCUGGCACAGGAGAACCAACAGACAAAUCUGGCACAGGCGAACCAACAGAAAAACCUGGGACAAAGGUACCCACAGAGAAACCUGGAACAAAGGCACCCACAGAGAAACCUGGAACAAAGCCACCUGGCAAGGAGUUUGCGGGUGACCUACCGAUCACGCAAAUUGACGGCACCGACGCUGUAUUUGGCGGCGACUAUGAGAAACCAGACUCCAAGCCCUACAAGGAUUUGAGCGUCCAAGUUUGCACUGCAGUCACAGCUGCCAUGGAAAACUCGACAGCAGGAAGUAGUAUCGAGGGCUGCUCGGUCUCUGGCUUUAGGAGUGGAAGCAUCGUGGCCACAUUUCUCCUGGAAUUUCCAGCUGACACGAAAGUCACCCCUGAGGAAGUAACAACGACCUUAAAGGAUGCUUUCAAAAACUCAACGGACCCAAGGAUUGCCUUCCUCACAGUUGAUACGUCAUCAAUCUCAGUUAAAGAAGUCAUACCGAGCACACUUCCACCAGAGCCGGGUCUGUCCCCCGGGGCCAUCGCCGGCAUUGUGGUCGGUAGUGUCGCCGCUGUCGCCAUCAUCGUUGUGAUUAUCGUCGUCCUUGUCAUGAAGAACAAGGGAUCAGCCAAGGUCCAGGACGUGGAGGAACAGGAGCUGACUCGGCCGUCGUCUCGAGGCAAGAGCCCGCCGCCUGACCGGGUCUCCAACGCAUCGGACAAGUCAUCUUGAUUAGACCUAAGUACGAGCCACAGUUAUGAGUAUGACGUACAAGUUUGGGAAU